AUGGAUUCUACAACGUCUCAGCAGCAUCAACAACAUAAACAGCACAAAAAUAAGAAAAAGAAGUCCAAAAAUGAUGAUUCUACUGUGACUUCAGCUAAAGGAAAAACUCACAACUUGAAGGCAUUUGCUUUGAAAUCUGCAGUUAAAGCUGAACGUUCUUACAGACGAAAGCAGGACAUCAUAGCCAAACGAGAACAUGCAGCCCAAGUGGACCGAACUCCUAUUGAGCCACCACCAGCAGUUGUCGCCGUUGUUGGCCCGCCAAAAGUGGGCAAGACCACAUUGAUUCGGAGUCUCAUUCGCAAUUACACACGUCAAAAUAUUAGCCAAAUCAAUGGGCCAAUCACGGUGGUCAGUAGCAAAAAUCAACGCCUGACCUUUAUCGAGUGCAACAAUGAUAUCAACAGCAUGAUUGACGUUGCUAAAGUUGCCGACCUAGUGCUGCUUAUGGUGGAUGCUAGUUUUGGCUUUGAAAUGGAAACUUUUGAAUUUCUCAACAUUUGUCAAUCACACGGGUUUCCUCGUAUUAUGGGCGUCCUCACCCACUUGGACGUGAUCACUAAUCCAAAGAAACAACGACGUACUAAGAAACAACUGAAGCAUCGUUUCUGGACUGAAAUAUAUGCUGGAGCCAAACUCUUCUACCUGUCGAAACUACUGCACAAUGAAUAUCUGAGAAACGAAGUGCACAACCUUGCGCGGUUUAUCUCUGUGAUGAAGUUUAGACCCCUUCAAUGGGUGAACAGCCAUCCGUACAUGGUGGCUGACCGUGUUGAAGACAUCACCAAUCCGGAAGAUAUUCGGAAAAACGCCAAAUGCAAUCGGCGGGUGUGCCUUUUUGGCUACUCGAGAGGAGCCAACUUUAAAGCCAAUCAGGAAGUUCACAUUCCCGGUUGUGGUGAUUUCACUCUCAGCAACGUGAGCUUCAUUCCUGAUCCAUGUCCACUGCCCAACAAAAACAAUGGAGUAAAGAAGCGAAAAUCGUUAAAUGAAAAAGAUAAGUGCAUCUACGCUCCCAUGAGUGGAGUGGGCGGAAUUGUUUUCGACAAAGAUGCCAUAUACAUCGACCUAGGGGGCAGUCACUCAAACGACCCGAAUGGCGCAGAACAGUCGUCCGAAGACCAGCUCGUCUCUGCUCUCAAUCAGAGCGAAGCUCUCGAUGAGCAACUUGCUUCCACUGAAAUGAAACUUUUUUCAAACACUUUGCCCGUCACUUAUGAUGAUGCUCAGAUAUUUGCCAAUGGAAAACCUGAACGUGUUCGGCGAAGAGUAGCUUUCAACACUGAAGAUGGAUCUGGUGGUGAGGAAGAGGAUGACGAAGAGGAGGAGGAGGAGGAGGAAGAAGAAGAAGGUGACGAUAAAUCGAUUGAUGAUGACGAUGAUUCGGACGCAGACGAAAAGCAGGAGCUUGAAGAAAAUGACGAAGAAGUAGAUGAGCAAUAUCAGUUUGAUAGCUCCGAGGAUGAAGAUGACGCGUUUGGCAUGGAAACGGAGAGAAAAAAUAGCUGGAAAGAUGAUUUGCAGAAAAAAGCAUCAGAGGCAUUCUACGAGAGAAUUGCUCGCGUGGACAACAUUCAAAAGAUAGUGUACGGUAGCUUUUCUCUCGAAGAGGAUGCAACUGCUGCUGAAAACGGAAAAGAGCUUUCUGAUGGCCUUUUCAAAAUGGUUGAAGUCAAGGACAAUGUCCACAACAUGAAGUUUACGCUCAACUCUUUAGAGUGCACUAAAUUCCCAGACGACUUGCUUAUUGACUUUUCUUCAAAAUCUAAACUUAAAUUCAUCCGUGAUUGUUUUGUCACUGGCAAGUGGGAUAAGGAUGAAGACGCAGAAAAGGUUUUGGCAAAAGAUGACAAUGCUCGUAAACAGAUCCUUGAUGAUGGUGACAUGGAAGAAGACGAGGAAUCUGUGUACGGAGACUUUGAAGACUUGGAAACAGGGAAAGUCUUUUCUGCUCAGAACUCUGACGAAAAGGCAGCAGAAAACGGUGAUACAAGUGAAGCAGAUGCUGACGACGACGACAAUGACGAUGACGACGAUGACAAUGAUGAUGAGCGAAUCAGACAAAAGAAGAUGCGAAAGGAGCAGUUUGACGACGAGUACGAUAAUCUAAAAAGCUCUGAUGUUAUAAAUCCUGAGGAAAAGACGUUUUUGGAUUUGGAAAGAGAAAAAAUGAAACAACAAAGCGAGUUGAAUCGCCAAGAGUUUGAGCACUUGCCUCAAGAGCAGCGAGUGCACUAUGAGGGCUUUCGCGCCGGCCUUUAUCUUCGCGUGGAAAUUGAGGACGUCCCACACGAGUUCAUUGACAACUUUGACCCAACUUUCCCUAUUGUCAUCGGCGGCCUGCUGAGUGGCGAGUCACAGAUUGGCUACGUCCGCGUGCGAAUUAAGAAACACCGAUGGUAUGGGCGAAUUCUCAAAAACCGCGAUCCUCUUAUUAUUUCGAUGGGCUGGAGACGCUUCCAGACACAGCCGCUCUUCUCCGUAGAAGACCACAAUGGACGAAAUCGAUUGCUCAAAUACACACCUCAGCACAUGCACUGUCUGGCCACAUUUUGGGGUCCAGUGACGCCGCAGAACACGGGCUUUAUCGCUUUGCAGAGUGUCUCCGAAAGGAGCUCGGACUUUCGUAUUGCAGCCACCGGUGUUGUGCUGGAUCUCGACAAGUCGGCGCAGAUUGCCAAAAAGCUGAAGCUCAUCGGCAAACCGGUGAAGGUCUUCAAGAAGACGGCAUUCAUCAAAGACAUGUUCAACAGUGCGCUGGAAGUGACUAAAUUUGAAGGUGCCGCUCUUCGCACUGUCAGCGGAAUUCGGGGACAGGUGAAAAAGGCCAUCAAAUCGCCUAUCGGAGCUUUUCGAGCCACCUUUGAGGACAAAAUAUCGGUCAAUGAUAUCGUCUUUUUGCGUAGCUGGUUCACCGUGCCUAUACCAAAAUUUUACGCAACUGUGACUUCGUUACUACUGCCACCGGCAGAGAAAACGCAGUGGACAGGAAUGAAGACGGUUGGCCGACUACGCUUCGAGCAGGGAAUCAAAGCGCCAAACAAUCCACAGUCGCACUACACUGAAGCUAAGCGGAAGGAAUUUCACUUUAAGCCCUUCAACAUUCCGAGCAAACUGCAGGAGCAGCUGCCGUACAAGUCCAAACCCAAACUGAGCUCACGUAAAGUGAACACUAUUCAGCGAGUGGCCGUUAUUAAGGAUUCACAUGAACGGAAGACCGAUAAUCUAAUUAAAAAACUCAAAAUGGCUCAUAAAAAUCAGCAGAGAAAUGAUCGCCAGGCAAUGAAAAGACGAGCGGCUCAGCAUAAAAAAGCAAGUGAAAAGAUUGACGAAAACCGAGCAGCCAAAAUGAAAGAGCGGAAGAAGGAGAUUAUGCGAAAUCUCGGAAAGGCACAUAAAAUCUGA